AUGUGCAUCUGGAUUAUAAACUAUCAAGCAGGAGAAAUUGUUUAUCAACCAAUUAUUCAAUUAUUUGGUUUUGAUAAUAUUUAUCAUGAAACAAUUUUAGUCAAUAAUAAAUAUCAAUGGCCAAUUGUUCAAGGUCUCUUUAAGAUCUAUAUUGAACUUAAUCCUGGUGAAAAUAUAAUUCAACUAUCAACAUUAACUUCAGAAUUAUCAUUUACGCUAAUCUAUAGUCCUUUAAAAACAACAAAUAUUACUCUUCGACUUAUCUAUGUAUCAUUUUCUGAUACUAUUGAUCAUGAUAUAGAAAAUAUAUGUAAAAAAUUUAUUUUUUUAACUAAACUUGUUCGAUGUACAUUCGAUGAAAUUCUCUACAAACAAAUGGGAUAUAAACGUUCAUUAUUAUUUGAUAUUGAAAGAAAAAUUCAUCAUAUAUCAAUGUUAAAAAAAGAUUUCGAAGAUAAGAUAACUGGUAAUGAUAUAUUUAAAGAAAUUUAUUGUCAGAUAUAUAAAACAGAUUUAGUACAAGAUGGAUCAGUAAAACUCAUCAUUAAAUCAUCUAUUUCAUCAUCAUUAACAUUUGCUUAUACAUUUAAUAAUAUGAUUGUAUUAAAUUUACCAAAAGAAUUUAAUUAUCUUCCAAUAUCAUUUAAUGAAUUCUAUGAAAAUCUUAAUACAAAUAAAAUUGAAUCUUUAUUUUAUUCAAUUGGUGCUUAUCUACAUGAACUCGGACAUUUAUUUGGUCUUGAUCAUGGAAAUCAUCAAGAUUUAACUAUAAUGUCAUCAUCUAAAGGUUAUAUUGAUAGUGGAAAAGACUUUUUUCUUAUUAGUCCACGUUUAUGUUCAAUUAUAUAUAAUCAACAAUGUUCGUGUUAUAAAAAACCAAUAUUAAAUAUUUCAUGUUCAUAUUCAAAUGGUGUAUUAUCUAAACAUUCCUUGAAUUUUAAAUGUUUGUGUAAAUCAGAUAUUCAUUGUCAAUUUGCAUUAAAAUUUAAUUAUUAUAAAUAUAAUGAAAAACCUAAACAAUGUAUAUGUAAUGGACAAUUUCAAUUUGAUAUUGAUCAUUGUCAUCAAUUGAUGGUUCAGUUUGAUGAAAGAAAUUAA